AGAUAAAAUCUGAAGAUGGAGUCUAUUUUUUCUGCUGCAUGCUCUGUUUUGUCAACCAAUUCCAGAGAAAAAAAUAUCUGGGCUCAACACUCUUCACCGACCACUCAACUUUGUCCGACUGUCAUUUGGUGCUGGGCACACAUGAAUAUGGCAAACAGAGAGAUCCAAGAAGAGAAAACCAACGAUGAGAUCACAGAGAAACAAUUCCUUGAAGAUCUCCACCUUUUCAUGAAAAAAAGAGAUACACCCAUUGAGAGAAUCCCAAAUCUGGGCUUCAAACAAAUUGAUCUCUUUGUGAUGUUCCAGACGGUCAAAGACUUGGGUGGCUACCACCAGGUGACUGCUCAGCAGCUGUGGAAGCAAGUGUACAACAUGCUUGGAGGAAACCCUCGAAGCACAAGUGCAGCAACCUGCACCCGCAGACACUAUGAAAAGCUACUUCUGCCAUACGAAUGCCAUGUAAAAGGCGUAUUGAUGAAUAUCUCGCCUCAUCAUCAGCCAAAGCAGUUCCACUAUGCCAACUACAGCAAAGAUGAUGAUGAUGGCCAGAGACCAGCUAAACGCAGCCUGUUAUCAAUACCUCUACACCAGAACCCUCAUACCCUCCAGUCAGACCCACAUGGGCAUGUUUUCCCUCUGCCGCUCCACUACCCUCACCACUAUCACCCAAGCCAUGCAGUUCUGCCCCCCCAUGUCCCUAUCUCCUCCUCAGUGUUGACACCACAUAGCCCCCUGCCCCCAGCCCCAGUUUUCUUUCUAUCCAUAUUGUCUAAACUCAAAGACAGGGUUAAGGAGCCACUGGAGCAGUUGCGCUACCUGGCAGAACAGUACAAGACCUCGUCUGGAUUGACUGAGCCACUGAACCUUAGCGUUAAAGCAUCAAAACGGGAAACCAACAGCAACCCUGCCUCAUCGUUUGCCCCACCUUCAUCCAGCAAGAACCCAAAGUUUUUGAAUAAAGCCUCCCCUCUGUACACUCCUCAUCAAGUAGUGAGAAAUGAAGAAUGUGAGAAACAAGAUGGUGAGGCAGAGUUAGGAGACACACCAUAUUCAUAUGCUGGGAAGGCUAGGGAGGCAUAUGUUGUCGAUGUCAAUGCUAUAACAGCCUCAAGCAGCCCCACAUAUGACUCUGCUCCGACACUGAGAACAGACGAAGGCGCUACCACAAUGGCACAAAAACCCAGCUCUCCAAAAACAGGCUUUACAAUCUGGCCAAAAGAAGAGAGAGAGGGGAGUCCAGAAGUAAAGGGGCUCAAUCUCAGUCAUAUACUACCCAGCCUCCCUCGAGAGAAUGGAGGCAAAAUGGAAAUUGAGAUACCGCUGUCUAUGUUUCAUAACUGGCUCAGGCUGUGUGGGUCCUCAGCCACGAUGCAUGGAGCUAAGCAGCUACCUACUCUUUCUGCUCUGGAAGAACACUCUGGACAAAGGAAUUGUUCUGACACAGACAUCCUCCCCACCAACCUGACAUUUCACAUGAAUCCCCAACACCACAGCUCAGCCGCUGAGGAUCUAAGGCUGAGGCAGAGGAAUUUGCCAAGCCCCACACCAACCACCCUGACAUCUGCCAAUCACCACAAUACAAGCCAAAAUCCUUUCACCAGCUACAAGCUUCUGCCUUCAGGUGGCAUUCUGAAAAAUGCAGCCAGCCAGGAUGUCUAUAUGAUGGAUCAGGAGGAUAUUAAUAAGUCAUCCAGCUCCAAACCCCCAAAUUGCUGGGAUGGCUAUGACAAAGACACACAGGCUCCCCGCAUCCAAGUGAAAAUUGACUCUAGUCCCCUCAGAGUUCAGCAAGACUUUGCAGCCUCUAAAUCCAAUAAUGAAGACACCGUCCUGGGUGGGAAGGAGAAGUCAGAGAUGGGUCCUUCAGCUGUGCUAAUGGUGAAUUCCAGCUCCGCUUCUCUGUUGCACCUCACCAAUGAAGAGGUGAUGAAGUUGAAGAAAAUCAUCUCGAGCUCAUUAUAAUGAUAAGCUCAGAUAAUUACACUGACACUCCAACACCACAUUAAAGCUGACUCACAUUACAUUGCUCUUUCACACACUGUAUCUUACUGAUGUUCUCUGCUUGGCAUAUACUGAAAAAUAUUUUUGUAAAAAGUCAAAUUAACGAUCAGACUGGAUUUAUCCCUGGUAGAUUCUCAUUUAGUAAUGUUCUGCUUUUAAAUACACUAUAUUCACUUUAUGAAAAGGACACACAAGCUGCCAUCUUAUCUCUCGACGCCCAGAAUCUUCUAUUCUCACUAAUACAGACAAAUCCCAACCUUUUGAUCUGCAACGUGGCGUAAGGCACGGCGAUCCCCUUUCUCCCCUUCUUUUUGAUAUUGCUUUAGAACCUCUUGCAAUAGGAAUCUGGAGUCAUCCAGGUAUCCAUGGUGUAAAAAUUUGGUAAUGUUGGAAGCCUAUACGAAUUUAUAUGCUGACAAUUUAUUGAUUUGUUUAUCUGACCCAGUAUUUCAGUUCCCAACCUCCUGAACUACAUUACAUUAUUUAGUAAACUGUCAGGAUAUAUAAUUAACUAGGAUAAAAGUGAAUUCAUGUCUCUGAUUAAUAAUCUGACCCCUGCAUUCUUGAAAUUUCUGCCAUUUAAAUUAGUUACCACCCACUUUACCUACCUUGGACUUAAGAAACCCCACAUUUUUUCUGAAAUUGAAUUUCUUGGAUAUGGUGGACAAACUAAAAGCUAACAUCAGCAACUAGAAGUUGCUUCCUCUCUCACUGAUUGGCCGUGUCAAUGCUCUAAAAGGUUCUUGUACUUCUCCAAAACCUUCCAAUCUAUUUACCAUUGUCUUUCAUUAAACAACUGGAUUCAGCUAUCCUAUGGUUUGUCUGGGCAAAUAAACCCCCUUGCAUUUCUAGAGCCCACUUACAGAAGAAUGUAAACAGGGGUAGCCUCGACCUUCCUGUAUUUAGGCAUUAUUUCUGGGCUGCAAAUGUGAGGGCUCUCACUUUCUGGCAAUGGGGUUCCCCUGGCAAUGACUGGUCUGAUGUCUCCCCACUCUGGUUAAAAAUCAAAUCCAUGUCAGUUUCGGAAACCUCUCUUCCAGUGCUGCUCUUUUCCAGUUCACAGCCUUCCUACAAUUUACUUGGUCAUAACUUAAUUCCCAGAAACUCCCUGAAGAUUUUGAAUCAAAUAAAAAAAAUUUUUGGACUGCCAAAUGUCUCAGCACACAUCCAUAUAGCACACAAUCACUUGUUCAAACCAGAACUGAUAGAGUGUUUCUGGAGUGGUGGGAGAGUGGGCCUGUGCUGUACUGGAAAUUGUUAUGUAGAUAAUAGAUUUGCCUCUUUUCUUCAGCUCCAAACUAAAUAUCACCUUCCUCAACCACAUUUUACCGCCACCUUCCAGUCAGGCAUUUUGUAUGGGAGUGUAUCCCAGAAUUCACAAUCAAACCAAAGAGUCAUAUUUUUUAUGAUUUGCUUCUCUCACAGCCAAACUCUAAACAUCUGAUCUCGCGCUUUGUCACCACUUUUAUGAUACCAGUAAGUGCAGGUCAUCUCAGGGAGGCCUGGGCCAAAGAAUUGGGUCUUCCAUUGUCAGAUGAACUGUUGAAUGAAGGCCUGUCCAGUAUACAGAGCUGUCUUAUCAUUUCUAGAUAUAGAUUAAUUCAAUUUAAAGUCUUACACAGACUGUAUUACUCCAAAACUAAACUUAGUUAGGUAUUUGAAUCUGUUUCUCCCAUCUGUGAUAGAUGUGGUACUGCCGAAGGAUCACUAUCACACUUAUUCUGGCACUGUCCAGUACUAGGCAAUUUCUGGUGAGACAUAUUUAUUAUCUGGUUUUCCAAACAAUAUGAAAUAAACAUUCAGCCAGAUUGUAAUUUGACAAUAUUUGGUUGCUCUGACAAGACAAGGGCCCUUCACUCCCAUCAAAGGCAGCCUCUCAAGGCAGGCAUGGUUGCAGCUAAAAAGUUUACAUUACUAAACUGGAAGUCUCCAUCGUCCCCAUGUUUCAGGAGGAGGCUUAACAAAGUGCUUUCUAUUGCUAAGAUGGAACAGACUCGUUUUAGCAAAUGGAAGGCACCAAACUGGAAGGCGUGGAAGCCGUUUUUGGCACUGCUUGAUGAGACCUAUCUGUAUAACUCAUGAGAUCUGCUGCUAUGUUGUGUCUUUAUUCUAUGCAAACCCUGCCUCAUCCUGUAUACUGACUGAUAUUCUGGCAGUCCCCCAGGCAUGUUUUUUUUUCGAACCAUGACCCUCCUAGCAGAAGGGGUAGUCUCCUGUUUUGCCAAUAUUGUUGUCGACUGGCAGUUUUGUACUGUUCUUGGGACUUCUGAAUAUAAAUCUUUCUUAUUUUGUGUAAUGGUACUGGGUGCUUUAUGUCUAUUGUGUGUGUUUGUUUUUUGUUAAAAAGUCAAAAAUAAAAUAAUCCUCCCAAAAAGGGUCAAAUUAACAAAAAUUAUAAUUUAAUGAAUAAUAAUACAUUCACAUCAGGAGCAGAGCUUAUUUUAAGGAGAAUGUGCACUGUUUCUUCUUCUGUACAGGAAUAUUACUUUUUAAUUUUAACCUAAUUAUAAUGUAAAUUAAAAUAAAUAAAAUAGAAGUUUCAUGACUCAUUUGUUGAUUGGGUCAUCCUGUUGUCUUCUUUCCACAGUACUAGGUACGUUUACAUGAAUCCAUUCAAACAAUUGGUUACUUUUUAUCAAGCUUAUCAGUCUUUCCCUUUUGAGACUUAAUAUGGUUGGAAAAGGCAUAGCAUAACCAUUUCUGCAUUUUUAUGACUUCUCAGAAAAGAAAACUACACCUUGUACGGAGGUAGUGGCAUCAAGCUAUAUUCAGGAGGAGGUGUGGUAAUUAUUUCUAGAACAUCCGUGUGAUUUUAUUACAUAUACAGUAUAAGAAAACACCAGAAGAUCAGUUGAGUCAAAAGAAGAUACUGUACAUCAACUGCGCUUUAGUGAGCUUUGUUUUAAUUUGUUUGUCAUACAUGCAUGCUUAAAGGCUACAUGUGCAGCCUACAAUCAUGUUAUUGUUGUCGCUGUAAUUAUUAUUGUCAGAUUCAGUGCGUACUAUAUGAAACUAUCAGGUGUGACAACAUGGAAAAAGAACUGACACUCCCAACUGCAAAUUUCUCAUUAACAUGACAAAGGUCCUGUCAUAACUAUUAUGGUUCAUUGUCCUGAAAAUGUCUUUCAUUUGAAUAGGACUUUAAACCAUUAACAGACUGAGCAAUGUUGAAUAAACCAUCAGCUUACGAGCUAAUUCAACUUUC